UUAAGUUAACGCGUCUUUCUGUAAACAUUUUCAAUCUUGUCUUUAUUACACGUAUAAAGACGCCAAUUAGCGUAGAAAAGCUGUUAACCUGAAACCCUAAAAUACAGGCAAGUAUUAAAUUAAUAUCUGAGACAACCGAGUAAAAGCAACUGAUUAAGAGCGCCUGAAAAAAUAAUACUGUGUAUAGGACCACAGCUGACACCGGACAAGCACAGAUUCUCUGAUGUGGUGUAUAACGGAUGAAAGCGGCUUGAAUAGGACGAACUGUCCUGAUGGUUUAAAGAUGAAAUAAACGCUCCGUACAACGACGAGGAAGUUGCUCUGUUGUCUCCUUGGCAAGCGACAUUGCAUGCGCAAAGCCCGCAAACGCCUUUUUGGCCACAUAGCUGUCGUGCGUUAGUAGUAAGGAAGCUGGAGCAGUCACCGAAACGCUCUGCGCCACUCGGUUUGUGAGACUCUCUGCACCAACAUCGUUUCGUUUCUCCUCUAUUUGAGAGCAGUGACGUUGCAAAAGCUGUCUAACCAUGGCUGACGAGAUGCCCUCUCUUUUGGGUCUGGAGGAAGAGCUGACCUGCAGUAUAUGCUUAAGCCCCUUCGAUAGUCCGGUGACCACUCCGUGCGGUCAUAAUUUCUGUCAAGCUUGUCUCGAUUUGACUUGGCAAGAGAGUGAACAGGUGGCGCUGGGAUUCAACUGUCCACAGUGCAGAACCCAUUUCUACACCAAGCCCGAGCUGAAGAAGAACACCGUGCUCAGCGCUGUGGUGGAGAAGUUUGUAUCAAGGUCCAAGAAAGACGGCAGCUCCAGCGAUGUGCCUCAGACGAAGAAGCCAACGGCGCCGGCAAUCACGUGCGACACUUGCAGGGAGGCGAAAGCAUACAAGACCUGCCUCACCUGCAUGGCGUCCUUCUGCGAGGAACACGUGAGACCUCACCAGGAGAACCCGGUUUUUGCUGCGCACCAGCUGACCGAGCCGCUCGGAGAUCUGCGCGAGCGCAUCUGUUCAGAUCACUACAAAAUGAUGGAGUUCUUCUGCGUCCAGCACGGUCACUGCAUCUGCAGCGCCUGCCUGCAGCAAGCGCACAAGGGCUGCAUGUUUUCCACGCCAGACGAGCAACGGGUUCAAAAAGAGUCUGAAUUCAGGAAAAAAUUGUCUUUGCUGGAUGCAAAGAUAGAGAAGACCCACAUGAUUGUUUCCCAAAUGAAAGAACAGCAGUGUUUGCUGAAAGAAGCAGCUGUCAAUAGGAAGAGGACUCUGGAGGUGGAGUACAGGCAGAUUCGGGAGCUUCUAGACAAGGAUGAGCAGGAGGCCUUGAAGAGCAUAGAUAAGGAGCAGGAAGGUGCCCAGUCCAAGCUUCUUUCCCUGAUGAAGAAGUUCGGUCAAAACGUGGAGCAGAUGAGUGGCGCAAGAGACCGGAUCGACAGCCUUCUGGCCCAGACGCAGGCCCUUGCAUUCCUGCAGGCCACUGAAGACCUGCCUUCAGCUGUGACGUUCGACCCUUAUACUCCGCGACUCAGCAUUGAUUCCAAGCGUGUGAUAUCCUACCAUGCAUCUGUCGUUGCGCUGAAGGAACACCUGGGAAACAUACUGAAGCAGCCUGUAGAUAAUCGAAUUCCACUGCUCAAACCAGUAUUUGGGACCAGCAUGUUCAGCGUUGCUGACAAGAUUGUUCCUGCAUUAUUACCAAAUCCCUUUGAAAUGGUACAAGUUGGCCCAAAUCCAGGAGCCCCUCCUGCAACAAAGCCAGCCGCAAAGAACAAGCCACAACAAAUUUCAGCAAAGAAACCUGGCACAAAGGAAAAGGGAGACAAACCCUCCAAGAAAAACCAAAGUACUCUCAAAGACUCAGCUGCGCCUGCUCAAAAACUGCCGCAUGACAUUCCAAGGGGUUCCUUGCUAGAAGCAUCCUGUGGCCAUGGACCAAAAGAUUUGCCCCCAAGUAUCCUUUCUCCGGCAAAAAGAAGCGACCUUCUUCAGUAUGGCACUGUGCUUACCCUGGAUCCCAAGACAGCCCACAAGCGCAUUGCCCUGUCUGAGAAUUUCACGAGGACGACGGUUUCCGACGAGCCGUGCUCCUACCCGGACGGCCCCGCCCGCUUCUCGGUGUGCUCGCAGGUGCUGUGCUCCAAGGGCUUCUCCCGCGGACGCCACUACUGGGAGGUGAAGAUGAGCAGCAACAACUUCUGUGGCAUCGGCCUGGCCUACAACAGCAUCGACCGCAAAGGCCCCGCCAGCCGGCUGGGCCGCAACAGCCAGUCGUGGUGCGUGGAGUGGUUCAACGUCAAGCUGUCCGCCUGGCACGCCAGCAGCGAGACCAUCCUGCCGAACCCCAGCCCCAGCCGCGUGGGGGUCCUGCUCGACUGCGAGGAGGGCACCGCCACCUUCUACAACGUGGCUGACCGGGCCUACCCCAUCCACACCUUCAUGGCCCCCUUCAGCGAGGCCGUCUACCCCGCCUUCUGGAUCUUCUCCAGUGGCACGACCAUCACCCUGUGCAAGCUGACCAACUAAUGGCCUGCCCGGCCCCUUACAUUAUCCCAGUCUUAUUAACAGCACUUUCUCUUCCAAAUGAAAUGAUUCAUUAAAAGGUAUGCUAUUAGAUUGCACACCAUCUAUGCUAGAGUUCUGUGUCUGUGUUCUGUCAGCUUCCAGUGUCUGGUGCAUAGCGUGAUUGUACUUUGUUUCACUUGAGUGAACAACUAUACAGUGGAUAUAAUACAUUAUUUUAUACAGUUAUUUUUAACAGAAAUGGUUUGGGGUAGAGUGAGUUUGCGUUGGCAGGUUUCGUUACAGAGUACAGUGAGAGAGGACAAAGUGUAACCUGAUGAUUGUUUUCUAUGUACGCUUUCUACUAUAUUGCUAUGGUGAAGCACUGGCACAAAUGAGUCAAAGAUUUGACCCACCUGCUAAUCAAAUAUUAUAACAAUGAAAACUUUUGAUUAUUUUACAUAUGGUAUCAGGGUGUCGUUGCAAAACAGAUGGAUCGAGUUUUGGGUUUAUUCCAGUAUAUGGUAAAUGUAAUGUUUAAAUGCACAUUUAUAAAUGUGACUGAGUAGUAGGUAAUACAGCCAGAGAAAUCUGUGGUUCUGACAUAAUCUCACCUUUGGUAAAUUGCAGGCAUUAAUGCAGGUUUAUUAUGGCGUCUAUUCAUGCUUGUUGACAGCCAAAAGAAUCUGCUGUUUUAUCUAAGCAGUAGAUCUGCUUGUUAUGCAUUUUAUGAGUGAACUCUGUAACAUAAUAUUUGUUUCAGGUAUACUCAUAUAAUACAACUGUGAUUUAAAAGCAAGUUGCUUGCUGAAAAAGAAGGAUAAAAUCUCUUGCAAAUAUCAGUGUUUGAUAUACAGCCUAUGAAUGAACAGGCACUUCUGCUUCUGUGCUUCGUGCUUAAAACACAGUUUUAAUGGCAAAAGUGGGACUGUUUUAUGCUGUUGCCAGUGUGUCCCUGAAAGCUAUUUUGUCAUUGCUGUCAUGAGGCUCUGGAAUGAAUGAAUCUUUUGAAUAGCCAUCGCUUACUGAAGGCAAUUCAUUGCUUUACUGGGAUUCCACUGAUUUUACUAUUCCAGUGACUGGAAUAUUCCACACUGUUUUUGUAAUUGUUGGAAUCCCAAACUGGUAGCAUUUAGAUUCCAUUCAUCGUUAACUGAAAAGAGCAUCAUAUUUUUAACCUACAACCAAUUUGUUUUGGUUGAAACAGUUUGGACACAACGGGUUAGAGAUAAAAGAGAGAUGCUCUGUGCUGAAAUACGAUGUUAAAUCACAACAAUAUGUCAUGGUUGGAGAAUCAGUUAUCAGUGCUCAUCGACUGUCCUGUCAGGGAUGUUGUGGAGAGCUGUAGGUUUCUCUGGGUUUUGGGUUUUGGAUGAACUCUUGUUUGCAAUUCAUGUUUUAUUGUAAAAGGUUUUCAGAUAUGAAAUAUAAAGAAGAGCGAAGCGGACCCUGUUUCAGAUGCAAAAAGUAGAUUUCCGGUACACAGCUAUGGCUUUUUGUCCAGCACUUGCCACUUUGAGCUAUGGGUCAACAGCCCCGGUGCGGACCUGAGUCCGUCUACAAAACAGACUGUGUUUCCGUUACAUCAUCUCGGGUUCAGUUAGCUACGGAAGGAAGUCAGAUGGAUGGAGCACUCUGCUCAAAUGUCCACAAAAGUGGUGACCUCCUCGUCCCACACAAUAAGUAAUGUCUCCAUCUGCCCGCACAUAUUCAGUAUUUUCUUUGGAUCACAAUACCAAAAAUAAUUUAUUAUUGUGGCAGGUCUAGUUAUUUUAUUGCCGUUGAGCCAGGCUGUUUCCUCCUUUUUUCAUAUGACAAGGUUCUUGAAACAUGCCCAGCGUAGCGUAACCAUGCACUGGCCAAAAGAAUUACUAGGUAUCCAACUGUACCUGGUGCCACCCGCUUUCAAGACUAUUAUAGCUGGUUGUAAAUGGCAACGGCCUUAAUGGCCGGGCCACAUUCAAGCGUACCAGGACACAGUUCGGUGGAAACAAGACGCUGUAGCGUAGCAGCUGAAUGUUGGAUGUUGAUCUUUGAAGUAAGAAUAUGUUUCUAGUUAAGUGAAGUAUACUGAAUUUAUUUUGGGUUAUUUUAGGAAUCACAGUGUAAAUGCAAAGUGGCAUCUACUCAGCAUGUGUACCCUUGGCUCAUGCAGUGAAGGAUUGCCAUGCCUUUCCAUGCCCAACAGAAAUGUGGAUCUCUUCACAUUUUCAGUCUGGGGGCAAAAUAAGCUGGUUUCCCUCAAACCCAGUUAUGACAUGAUGAUAGGGAGUGUGGGCAUGUUUAAAACCUCAAGUAAAACCAUUUAUAUCUGCAUGCUGGCAGCAAUAGCACUCUCGGAUAUCAUGCUCUUCCACAUUGUGUGAUGGCACAGCAGUGGCGCCUUGCAAAACAAUGGUUUGCUCUGCCUGCUGUCGUCUGGCUGGGGUCAAGGGUUACUGGAGCUCUGGGCCCUUCCCUUUGGACUGCUGUUCUAAGGUCACAUAUCACAGCCAGGAGAAGCCAUUCAGCUCUGAAUCCACUGUAGUACUAUGGUUUCUGCAUUGUACUUUGAAGUGGUUGCAAGAAGGGAAUUGGGAUGAAUUGUAAAACUAAGAAGUGUGAGUUGGGCUAGAAUUACAUCACACUGGCUCUCAUCUGUGAUUACAAAACAUGACCAUAGUAUGCAAGGUCUGCUGGUGUUAUAACAUAUGAGAGCCCAAUAUUUAAACUGGGUCUCUCUCAUUUGUGAUACUGCAGGCAUUGGAAUUUAUUUGUGGCAAGUGAUGAUGUUUAUUUAGUCUGGCACUUCAUGUAUCUUCCUGUUUCUGUUUGAUGUCCUUGUGGUAACCUUGUACAAAGUUGUGAAAGAGAUGGGCAUGCCUCCUGACAGUUACAUUCCAGCAUAAGCUGACCUCAUUAUUCAUAUCAAAGUUCUGCUUCAAUUAGUGUGAUGUGUUCAGUUUGAUUUGUGGUAACCUGAAAA